AGGGGUUACACCUUCACACAGAUAAAGACAGACACACAGACGACACAGAGACAGACACAGAGACAGACACAAGGCAGAGGCAAUGGUAUCACUAUAACCUGAGACUUAAUGUGAAGUACAAUUACAGCACAGAGUACAAGAAGCAUCAGGCAUUGCUGAAGAUGUCUGAGGCCAUCUAUGCCAUGCCAGACAUGACCAAGAAGGUCAAGUUUGACAGAAGUGAAGCUGAGGAGAGGAUUGUGGACAUCUACGUCAGUGCAGACACCCUGAGGGACCAUGAGACCAGCACCAAGACAGAAGAUGUAGAACAUACUUCAACUAAUGGACCGGGAGACCAGCACACAGAGCCCGAUAGCACAGGGAAGAGACCCUUCCUAGCUGUUGCGGUGUGUCUGGGGCUGCUGUGUGUUCUCCUACUGGCUGGGAUCAUAGGCCAGUCUGUCCACUGCCGACAACAGACCAGAUACAACCUGUCUAAAGAGAGAGACCAGCUACAGAGGGAGAAAGAUGACCUUAUGGAAAAGUUCUCUAAUCUGAGCCGGAAAAGGUUUGAAUCCUGUUGGUACUUCGUCUCUACUGAGAAAAAAACCUGGAGUGAGAGCAGAAAGGACUGUCUGGAGAGAGGAGCAGACCUGGUGAUCAUAAACAGCAAGAAGGAAAUGAGGUUUCUCUAUGGCCUCAAAAAGAGAGUCUGGAUCGGUCUGACUGACAGAGAGACUGAGGGGUCCUGGAAAUGGGUAGACGGCACACCACUGAAGACAGGGUUCUGGGGGAGCAAACAGCCUAGUAGUGGUGGUGGUCAUUCAACCCAUCAGGAGAAGGACUGUGUUGAACUAGAUGAUGGACAACAUCAGCCUGAGAAGACAUGGAAUGAUUCAAAUUGUGAUAAUAAACUGGAGUGGAUUUGUGAGUUGUGUAACAAAAACCUUCUGUAACAACUACCCCCCCUCUCUCUUCAUCUCUAUGACUCUCUCUCUCUGACUCUCCCUCUCUCAUUCUGUCUCCAUCCCUUCUCAUUUAUGUUUGUUUCAUUCUGAACAUAUGAAUCAAAUUCCCAUUUACUUCCUGGGAUACAUUAGUAGCUUCCUGUCUUCAGUAGUUAAAUGAUGGACACCUCAUCAGACACAGACAAUGAUUGAGACACAACAACACUAAAAGUAAGCAGCUGCAUUAGAACAGGUAGAAGGGAACAGUAUGAGGUUGUUAAGUCAGUACAGUCGACUCCAGAUGAGUGCACGUCAGUUAAGUGCGAGACCUGGGUUCAAAUACAACUUGAAAUCUUUCAAACGCUUUGAGCUUUUGCUUUAGCCUGUCUUCAGUGCCAGGUGGGUACUGGGGCUUUUCUGUUGCAACAGAAGUAUUUUAAAUGAUUUCAUAUAGAGAGGCAUUCUGGCAGUACUCAUUAGACACUGGAACCAGAGGGGCGAAAUCAUGAUUUUUCACUGUCCUCGUUUCUAUAAUGUUGUUGCCUUGAUUUUUUGGGUUUCAUCUCCAGAUUCACAGACACCCAAAUGUAAAUUUGGCCUAUUGAUUAACGAGACACACUAUUUAUCUUAUUAUUUUGUGCUAUAAUUUGCAGUUUAUCUUGGAAAAUAUUAUCAUUAUAAUUAUUUUACAUUGUUGUGUCUCAACGGGCCGUUAGCGAUAAAAUAGGAUCUAUGUGCAAUGGUCAGGUCACUCUGAGGAAGAUGUCAGCUUGAUGUUGAAAUGUCAGUCACCUGUUCGCAUCCUGUACAAUGUAUUAAAGUGAGCAAUAAGAAAUCAA